AUGGAUUGCAUAAUUCUUCCUAUAUCAAUCUUGAAAAGGCGUUGCUCGGGCCAGUUAGGUUACCAGCCACUCUCGAAAAAUGGUUAUGGAGAUUCAGAUACUGAUCAGGUGACGGUCGUGGUGGGGAAAGAGAAGAGGGAAUUCUUGGUGGAGGCAUUUGUGUUGGAAGAAAGCCCUUUUAGGAUUUUGAUUGAAAUGGUAACGAAGAAAGAAGAUAGAAGGGAAGUGAAUGAGAAUAAGGAAAAUAAAGUGAUUUUUGUGGAUGUGGAUGUUAUGUUGUUUGAGCACAUGUUGUGGUUGAUGCAAAAUGAUUGUUCUUCUUUGUUCAAGCUCAAUCUUAAAGAGACCAAUGACUUCUAUGCCCAAGAUUGUUGA